GCGGCCACCAAGCUGACGCACAGCCGCCGCCUGGCGAUGGAGAACACGGAGCGGCUGCUGAGCGUGUGGAUCGAGGACCAGAACCAGCGCAACACGCGGGGCAACAUGGUGCUUGUCCAGGAGAAGACCGCAGCCUGUUCGAGGAGCUCAGGCGGCAGCAGGGCGAGGGCGCCGAGUCGGAGACCUUCAGGCCUGCCAGGGCCGGUUCAAGGUGUUCAGCGUGGAGGAGACCCGGCUCUUCUGGAGGCGGCUGCUGGAUGGGACGGUGCCUUCCGCCCGGAGGAGCGCCCUGGGUUCACAGCCCCCCAAGAUCUACUGACUCUGCUGCUGGGCAGCAACGUGGCCGGUAGCUUGAAGCUGAAGCCGCUGCUGGUGUACCCGGUGGAGAACCUGCGCGCCCUCAGGGGCUUCUCCAAGCCCAGCCUGCCCCUGCUUGGCUCGCCCACAAGAAGGCGUGGGUCACGGUGAGCCUCUUCCCGGAGUGGUUCGUGCACUUCUUCCGCCCUGCGGUGGAGAGGUACUAUGCCUGGCACGGGCUCCCGCGUAAAGCGCAGCUUGUCCCGGACAGCGCUCCUGGCCGCCCUGGAAACCUGGACGACCUCUCCGACCACGUGGGCGUGGAGUCCCUGCCCAAGGAUACCACAGCCCUCAUCCAGCCCAUGACCCAGGACGUGGUCGCCACCUUUAAGGCCUGCCACCUGCGGAGGGUCUUCCGCCUCUUGGCCGCGAGGGCCGGGGGCACAGGCGAGCCGGGAGCGGCCCUGGACGUCUGGCGGGACUACUGCAUCCUUGACACCGCCCCGUACCUCUCCGUGUCCUGGGAGGGGUCCCGCCCUCGUCGCUGAACAGUGGUUGGAGGAGGCCGUGGCCCGAGCGCCUCCAGCACAGAGUCAGCGGCCCCCAGGUGGAAACCCUCCCACAGAUCUGGUGGGACAUCCAGGCGCUGGCGCACCAGGUGGGUUUCAGGGAGGUGGCGGAGGCAGAGGUGGCCGAGCUGCUGCAGAGCCGUGGCUCGGACUGGUCCAAGAGGAGCUGGAGGAGCCGGAGCCGACUGCCGAGGAGGAGGGCAAGGCCAGCCCCGCCACCGCCGCCAGCUCACGGCUGAGCACUUGGCCAGGGCCCUGGCACAUUUCGAUGCCCGCCUGCACAUCAUCAGGGACGACGCCUCCAAGCUGGAGUGCAGCCUCCAGGUCUGCCGGGGUGUGAACAACUUGAUGGGCUGCUGUGGGCGCAUUUCAAGGAGAAGCAAGGCCCCAAGUAGUGGGGUGGGAGGGGUGGGGAAGGAGGGGGCGUCCUCCCUCGCCAGCUCUCACUUGGAAGUGACACUGGUCUUCGUGUUUCCAUCUCAUUAACUCCUCAAAUGUCUUUUGUCAGCAAAUAAUUUAUUAUCUCCAGUGAUCUCAAAUACAUGGUUUUAGAAGCCUCGA